AUGUUACUGGUAGUCGUCCGUGCAGGGCUUGAUAUUCCCGAACGGUUUUGGGGGUCUUAUCGACCCGGCGUCUACUUUGGGAUGAAGCAUCGAAGUCCAAAGUCCUUGCUCACUGGGUUCAUGUGGCUCCUCCCUUCUCUAGUCAGGCCAGGAGAACCCAACUUACGGCACUUGUGCGAACAAGGUGACGGCCUAACGAAGUACGGCUGGGUUGAGCAUGACGGCGUAAACUUUGGGGUUCAGGAAAUCAUUGAUCAUCACAUGAAAUUGACAACGUCUUUCGUUAAAGCUCAUCACGGGAAGAAAGGUGGCGAUUGGACGUCACGAAUCGAAGUUCAACCUCUGGCGACUACAAAUCAUCCCCAGUCGACCACGAAGGAGGAAGUCGUGCUCCUCUACUACGUCGCUUUGGAAGCCGGCAUGGGUGGGAAUCUCGUUCCCGAAUAUUACGGCGACAUUCUCAAAUCCGUCGAAGGUUACACGCCCGAGUUGGGAAAGUUCACGAUAAAGUUCAUCAACAACAAUAACGUUUUAAAGUCUUCAUUUAUCCAAACAAGUCUGGAUUCCAUGACUGCCGCUUCAAACACCGUGCUCUCGAGCAUGGCGACCACCUCGGUUUCCGAAAAGCAGUGGUUGUUCUUCCUCAAAAAUAGGAAUCAGCCAGACUCGAACCCUCAAAACUUUCUUGUUUAUCAGGUUCACGUCAAGGGUCACUUUAGUAUGGACAUUGUAUACGAGUCUGAAAGCGGGGUCGUCCCUUCCAAGAAACUUUUAUCGGGGGACAUGUACAGCGAAAUGUUGCAAUCGUACAGGGACCGAUUUUCCGACAAGUUCGAGACGACCUUUCACCUGGAGAAGAAAGGCUUUAAUAAAACCUCGAUUCACUUUGCCAAAGCUGCCCUUAGCAACCUCAUCGGAGGGAUUGGUUACUUCCACGGCCAUUCGAAAGUCCAGUCGCCUUACAACUCUGCCCCUGUGCCGUACUGGACGUCCAGUCUGUACACGGCCGUCCCCUCGAGAAGCUUCUUCCCCCGCGGGUUCCUCUGGGACGAGGGCUUCCAUCUCCUCCUCAUCAACAAGUGGAACCCUGAAAUCUCCAUCGACAUCAUUUCCCACUGGCUCGACAUGAUGAACACGGAAGGCUGGAUCCCCCGAGAACAGAUUCUUGGCGACGAGGCCUUGUCCCGAGUCCCGGAGGAGUUUGUCGUCCAACGGAACGACGUCGCCAAUCCUCCCACGCUCAUCAUGGCGGUGUUCGACCUCAUCCAACGCCACCGCGAAUGGCUCCUGAUCAAUCAUAAGGCCACCUUGCAGCGAAUGUGGCCCCGCUUGUCGACCUGGUACCAGUGGCUGAAUAAGACCCAGAUGGGAGAGACGCCCUUCACUUAUCGGUCGGGUGGGCUAAAUGCUUUCUGGCGAGGUCGAAAUGCUUCCACCCUGCGGGAACUCAAUCCCAAAACGUUAGCCUCCGGGUUGGACGAUUACCCCCGAGCGUCCCACCCCACCGAGGACGAGCGCCACUUGGACCUCCGCUGUUGGAUGUCUCUCUGUUCUAAACUGAUGGGCGAGCUGGCCGAACUUUUGGACUAUGACGCCACCCGGUUUCGCUACACAUAUGAAAAGCUCACGGAUCAAGACCUCCUCGACAAGCUCCACUGGUCACCGAAACUCGGAGCUUAUACCGAUUAUGGAAACCAUUCAGAUAAAGUCGUACUAAAACAAGCACCCGUCAUUCCCCCGAAAAGCGGGCAACGUCCGGUCCAACCUCAAGAAAAGGUUCGGCACGCCGUGCAACCACCGGAACUCGGUUUUGUCAACAUGUUCGGCUACGUCAGCUUGUUCCCCUUGAUUUUGGGGAUUUUGAAACCCGACUCGCCCACCUUCACGGCCACCCUGGACAAGUUGGAUAACCCCAAAUUGCUCUGGACCCCGUACGGGCUUCGUUCCCUGGCCGCCAAUGCGCCCCUGUACAACAAGCGGAACACGGAGCAUGACCCGCCCUACUGGCGAGGCCCCGUCUGGAUCAACGUCAACUUCCUCACGCUCAAAGCCCUGCAUGACUACUCGAAAAUGGGCGGAAGUGGGGCCGUCUUGGCGAAGGAGAAGUAUCACAAGUUACGGGAGAACGUGGUCAAUAACGUGGUCAGUCAGUACCACAAGACGGGCUACGUUUGGGAGCAGUACGACGACGCGACAGGGAAAGGGAAGGGUUGCCGACCCUUCACCGGCUGGUCGUCGCUCGUUGUUCUGAUGAUGGCGGAAGAAUAUUGA